GCGGUUUCCACCAAGGAGACGGACUGGAUAUCUGCGCCCGCGGCUCCACGAUAGCCAGCUCCCAAUGCGACACACUUGGUGUUUUCUCAGGCGGAGGCUUGUCUACCUGGUUCAAAAACCCUUGGAUGCCAUCGUCCCUCUGACUCUAUUCAUCCCUUCCUGUGUUUUUUUUCCCCCAAUCAUCUCGCUUUCUCUUAUGACCAUCCCUUGCCCAAACGACCUGUCGUCAGCGGCUCCAGAUCUUUACUCCUCUCACCUCGCUGAGUUAUGAGAGUGGCAGCACAGUUUUACCACUUGCAGCAUUUUUUCCCGUACUCGGCCAGUUUUAAAAAUCAGCAGUCUGCCUAUUUCCUCCGUUUUUCUGCAGUUUACCGAUCUGCUUAACCAAAUCAUUGUCUUCGCCCAUGACUCCUUAAUUUCAUUUUCUAAUUCUCAUUCUGGCUGCUCACUGUUGCUCGUUUAAACUCAAGAAAUUGGAAAAUUCAAUGGAUAUAACCCCUGGAGAAUGAUUAAUUUAAUGUCACUUCAAUUCUGACUAGACCAGACUCCUGUACCUCCUCCCUGAUGUGAGUAUUGAGAAGAGCGCCUGUCCUGGAUGGUAGGGUUUACUCUUGGAAACGUUGUGGGAAUGUAUCUGGCCCAAAAUUAUCAGAUUCCAAAUAUCUAUAAGAAGUUUGAAGAGUUCAAAAAGGAUGCUGAAUCCCGAAAAAAGCCACCAGAUGAUCGAUCAUAAUGUGUAUGGCCCAUGGAUGACAUUGGGACAUUGGCAUUUGGUUACUAAUGCUAAACUGACUCUAUGCAUUGAGUAUCAAACAGUAUUGGACCCACCUCAACAGUUCUAUUUAUUUAGCACUGAUUAAAAAUAAAAGUAGUCCAACUCAAAAAUCA